CUCUCUGUGGCUGAACCCAAAUCAGCCGAGCGAGCAAUGGAAGCAGGAGCAGGACGGUGCAGCUCAGCUCAGCUCAGACAAUCGAUCAAUCACAGACUGCCUUUAAGGUCGACAAAGGUUCAUGAGUAGAGUAUGUCAAUGCCAGCCCACGAAGGCAGUCCAGAGUCCAGAGUCCAGCUGCAGCAGCAACAGCAGCAGAGGAAAGAGUGUAAUAAUGAGGUGCGAGGAGCCGCAGCAAGAGACACAGGAGAACGCGGUCAGCUGGUGGUGAGCUCAGGAGGGAAGGAGGGAGGGAGGGAUGCGGAAGUCGCAGCUGGCUCCAACAGCCCUGCAGCAGCAGCAGCAGACGACCGACAGCGGGAACAGUGGGGGCGAGUGCGGGGUGGAGAAGGGGGAAGGGGGAGGGCGAAGGGGAGGAGCCUGAACCCACAUGCGCCUUCAGAAUCAGAUACUCAGACUUCUGCAUCGGAACGAACACAACGAACACGCGCAGCAGCGGCCGCUGUCAUGAUCGAAGCGUCGUCCAUCUGCGCCGUCAGUGCGCUCUGCGGGCAUGCAUCGACGGACUGCGGAGGGUCGAGCACUGACUGCGCGCAGCAGAGCGUCUGAGCGGCAUUUGUCGACGAGACGUCGACCGUGUCGCCGUGCCCUGUGCCAUGCAGGCGCCCAUUCCACGUACCUGCGUACGGUUCCCGUCCGCGACAGCCGGAGGAUGUCAUCGUCAUUAUCACAUGCCCUCGCACGUGAGAAUCCGUUCGAGCUUCUCACCAAACCCAACUCCCUCCCUCCCUGCCCUCCCCACCAUCCCUCCCUCGAUCGACCAUCUUUUGGUUUUUCUUGCUCCUCCGAAAGCAAAAGUUCAUUUUUCAUAGACUGCCAGGAAUGCAGAGUACGGUGGAUAACAUCCCCGGCAGUUCGUUCGAUCUCAGAUUCAUAGAUGCAUUCAUUCAUUCAUGUAAACGCGGUCAGCUCGGCUCUACGUGCUGCCGACUAGCGAGUCUAGGCUCUGCUCUUGUCGAGUCCACGUUCUCGUGAGGAAGUGGCGUCUGGCAUCAGGUUUCGUGUUUUGUUUUGUUCGGUUUUGUUUGUUUACAGCUCCGCCUACUCUGAGUAGGCUCUUGGAGCUGGACUUGUGUGGGUGAAGAGAUAUUGCACAUGACAGAACCGCUGCCUCUGGUGGUCAUUGAACUGAGAGAAACAGGUCGAUAAUGAUUGUGGCCAGAUCAUGUGCUAGAUCGAAUGUAUGGUGAACAGAAUCAUCUGGAUAAUUCAGGGCUCGCAGACCCCUGAAUACUUCAAGAUUUUGUUUCGUCUACUGCAUUUAGGUCUGCAUUAGUCCUGGCAAGCACCUUUGAGACGGUCCACCAUUCUCAUUCAUAUUCAGCUACUCACGAGAACACGAAACACGAUUUCCAAGUGAAUACAGGUUUGCUAUGAUGAUCAGAACCGUGACCAUCUUCAUGUAACCUUCAGCGCUCGGAACGAUUCUGUUUCCGCCUCAGGGUCGACUUCCUUCACGUUUUGGUCUUUCAGACGCCACUGAAGAUGGGACGCUGAAUACUUUCAAUUCCAGGUGAGAAAAGACAGUCAGAUUCCAAUUGGAGAGAAAAAUUUACACUGUCUCAUCGGAGAGAAAAUCUCUACAAUAACCUCGUUCUCAAGAAACUUUGCUCAACUUUUUCAAGCCUGCUGAAUCAUACUCCUGAUGGCAAGAUUGCAGUCGUCUUGAGACACCAGCACCCAGGGUUCUCACCUUGGUGUGGCUACAAGGAGGUCGGUGUAUUUUUUGAAGAGUAGAAGACUUUCAAAAUAAGAAGCUCGAUCGUGAUCCACUUCAGUUAGAAAAGCUUUUCGAUCUCAGCAAGUUUUUCCUCUCUUUCUUUUCUAUCAUCUUCUAACACUUCGCGGCCCAACCACAUUGCUGGAUCUGUACAGUUGUGUCCUCCCUGUAUUAUUGUGGCUAAACACAGUUUUCAAAUCCUUCCAUGAUUUACUGUGAUUAGGUAGAUGUGAUUUGGUUGUGUAGUACGCAGUGCUUCGCCUCCCUAUGAGCCAGUUGAAGAUUAUACUCUUUUGUAAAUCAUUACUUCUUGGAUGUAAAUAUCA